AUGUACUCAUACCAAUCUGCCCAGCCAUUCAGAACAGUCAGCAGCUUCAACUACGAUUACAACUCAAAUGAUUCAUCCUCCAUAUCAUCAUAUGAUUCCUUCUCGAAUUUCAUGUCCUCUUCAUGUGACGAGUCAGGCGAAGGUUCCAACAUUUCCCUUCAAGAAAUGAGCUCAUAUAACAAAUAUGGAUCAGCUCACUACUUCCUUUCAUCGAACAGUUCCAUCUACACCACAUCAAGUUGCUUCAAACUUUAA